AUGGCGGGCUCCCCGCGCCUAGGCUUCCCAGAAGCGGCCAGAACGCCGCAAAACACUCGGGCCUUUGCAGGAGAACUUUGCUCAGUCGCCUGCGGUCAUGACCGGGCGAGCCCCGGCUCUUCAUUGCCGUGCUCCCAGCGCCCUGCUUUCACAGGAUCGCCUGAGGGAGAUGGUGCAGUCCGACCCGCCUGCGCAAAGCAGCGUGGGCCAGAGCAGGCUGCUACAGGGGGUUUUGCCCUUUACCCAAGCGUACGGUCUGGUUUGUUGUAUCAGAAAGGGGUUCUUGAUUCCUCACGAGCACCGAGUUGGAUUUUGCAUUUAGGUUGCCUUUGCUUGGUUGAUACAUUAGCAGGAGAUCCAGAGGUUCUGCAAGGAGAUGCUGAAACAUACUAUGAAAAACUCUUGACGAAAUCAUCGUCUGCUGCUGAUGUUUUUUCGAUCCCUGGAGGAGAGGAGGUUAAACUUGAAGAUUCCUGUGUGUGUUUUGUCCCUCUCUACCGAAAUAAUCCUACUUGCAAAAUGCUGCUGUUAACUCAUCCAAAGGAUAAAAAGACAGUUUUGGCAGUUUAUUUGAACCGGUGUUGGUGGCCUGUUGAAGAUGUAGUAAAGACAGCUGAUCCUUCUAGAGAUGGGCUAAUUUCGGUCCAGACAUUUGGAGAAAGGAUUGUCCUCUUUGUUCUGAACUACAUUAUUUUUGGAAUGCUGGAAGGGAGUUCAGCUAAUGAUGCAUUCUUUCUACCUCACUCUGCCACUGAGUGUGCCAAGAUACUCUGGAGAAAUGGUGAGGCUGUUGCCUUUUACUCGGUCAAGAUGAAAGGGAGCCUAUGUGAUGGUAGAACUGGUCAAUGUUACUUGCUGCCAGUUUUGGAUACUAUAUUUGUCCGGAGAAAGUACCGAAGAGAUGGCCUAGGGAUGAAAAUGCUGCAUGAUUUCUGUCAGUCUUUCAUGGCUGAGGAUGCCUUGGGGAUCAGCUGCCCUAUUUCUGCUGCGAUGUAUCAAGUUUGCCAGAAAUUCUUGCAGACUUAUCCCGAGGAGCAGAAGCGACUGUGGGAGGUGGAAGCACCAGGAGAUUGGAACCAGCGAGUGAAUAUCUGGUUAAAAAUUCAGAUGGAGUCAUCCCCUGCAGGAAGAAUCACUUGUGUGCUUCUUAUGCUUAUAUUACCUCAGUACUGUGCCUAUUAUGCACCCAGGGAAAUACCAAGGGAGAGUACAGGACAGGGCGUUGAAUACAUUCCUGGUGUUGAGAAAGUGGCAGGAGAUGCCGCAGAAGAAAAAGAUGACACAGCAGGAGCAGGGACUCUAAACUCACAGGGUCCAGAACAAGAGGACUUAGAACAAGAUGAAGGCAAUACUCAGCAAUGCAAAGGAUUCGGGAAAAGAGCAGACCCUGGGGGCUUAGUUGGAGACAAGGCCACCAAGCAAUUCAGAAUUGUACCAUAA